AACAAUGUUUUAUAAUUGCUGACGUCUUAGAGUCGAUGAUGGAUGAUGGGUCCAAGCUCUGCCUACCUGAAGUUACACCACAGCCAAUAAUCUUGGGGUGGUGGUGGUGGUUCCCAUUGUCCACCUCUGUCCUGGAAGGGGCCAGUUCCUGGAGACUCCCCUCUCCAGGAAGCACAGCUCGAGCUGGCCACUGUGACUGGGGAUGCCCUGGUAGAGGCACCGCAGUCCAGGGUGAAGGAGACCAAACCCUUGGACCCGGCUGAGACGGAGGUCGGCUCUGACCAGAACUUUCAAUGGACAGACUUCGUCAGCCUGUGACAUGGCAGCUCCAUUCUGGGGGCCCCAUUCCCCUCUCCUAAAUGGUGCCUCUAGCCCAGGAAGUGAAUUCUGAAGCGUCAAAAUUGGUUUGUGAAAUUAAGGCCCGUGAAAACUUGGCUCUAUGGCCUUUCAGUGUUAACAGGAAAUGAGCUGAACCCAGUGGGCUAGGUCGCUGUCUUCCCCAGAUGCUCAGCUGCCACUGGCUGGGCUCGGAAGGCCCCAAAGGGGGCUGGACAAGGGGAGACAAAGGAGCCGCACAGAGUCGGCCUGGCUAAGCGCAGAGUGAGAAGUGGACGGAGUGGGAGACUUUCCACCUCCCUGACGCCCUCCUGGAAAAGCCCCGUUUAGGCCUCGGUCCGCUGGGAGCUCUGGGUGGAAGCAGCUGGCGCCUGUGCGGCCUCACUGAAUGAACACGUGCCGUGUGUCCUUAGUGGACGGAGCUGCCCGGUGGGUCAGCCUGGUAGGCCUUCUUCCUUCACCCCCACUUCCUCAGGACACUUGGCUCCUCUGUGAAGGUGAACCAAGCCUUUCCUAGACCUGGGGUCGUCCCCGGGGCAGCUCUCUCUCACGCACGUCCACCGGGGCCACUGGAGGUAGUUCACCCGGCUGGCUUUAUUUUCCUUGUUUCCCUGUGAGACGCACUCAUCACAGAGGAAGCCAGUAUAUACACCCGGCCUCAGCUGGUGGAGAUGCGGUAGGUGAGGGGCCAGUUCGGGGGACGGGCGGGCCAUUCUCAGGCGCCAAGAUAAUGUGUCAGGCCUGCCCCCGACCCCGCACCUGUAGGGCUGAUGGCCUGGCUCUCCGUGCACCCUUGGGGUCCCAGCACGUCCCACCCACACAGCUCCCCCCGUGCCCCACGACGCUAGGUGCCCUGUGUUCCCGCGGCUUCCAGCGCGCCCCCCGAAGUACGGACGCCGGACUGCGCGGGUCCAGCCAGCUGACGCAUUUGAAACUGCCAGGAACCUCGGCCGGCCGGGCACGCGCCCAACGCCCGGGAGCGCGCCUCGUGCACGCGCGCCCCACCGCGUGACCCGCGCCGGCCAACCUGCGCGCGGGGAUUUGGGGGCAAAGCGCGGCCCCGCGAGCAGCUGCGGCGGGAGAGCGGCGGGCCGAGAGCGUGAGUCGCCCGCUCGGCGCUGUCUAUUGCCCCACCGCCCGCCGCGCGCAGCCAUGUCCGAGGAGAAGCCCAAGGAGGGAGUGAAGACGGAGAACGGCCACAUCAACCUGAAGGUGGCGGGGCAGGACGGCUCCGUCGUCCAGUUCAAGAUCAAGAGGCACACGCCGCUCAGCAAGCUGAUGAAGGCCUACUGCGAGCGCCAGGGCUUGUCAAUGAGACAGAUUCGAUUCAGGUUUGAUGGACAACCAAUUAAUGAAACAGACACCCCAGCACAGCUGGAGAUGGAGGACGAAGACACCAUCGACGUGUUCCAGCAGCAGACGGGGGGGUCCGGGGCGGCCAGCUGCCUCUGGGGUGCAGCCCCUAGAGCCACCGUCCCCUCGUGUCACUGCGCUCGUGUUCGCUAUUGAACAGUGAAGGUGUGACCAUGCCCGCACCAGGGAGGCUCAGACACCGAGGACAUUCCCCAGAAGGACUUUGCUCUCUGAUGUACUUCAGUGCGGCCGCGGGGAUGUCCAUGGCUUCCCCCGGCCCAUCACCCCGGUACCUCUGUUUGGGUAAAAUGCAUGGCGAGGGGUUUUGGUUUUGUUUUUACUUUCAUUUUUGUUUUUCCUCCCUCCUAUGACAUUUCCCCCAAACCUGUGGCCCGAGUGCCCACUUUCCGUCUAGGUGGGGCUCUUACCCCAGGUACUGGCCCCUACCCACUCCAGUCAUGUAGAGAACUCACGUCACUGCUCUGGGAGUGUUUCCGUGGGGUGAGUUUUGGGGACACAGUCGGGAUGGGAGACAAACUUUCACUUAUCUUACUGGCACAGGUCUUUUUAAUGCUAAAUAUUACAAGUGUGAGCUUUGUCAGAAUAUAGUAAAGUUGAAGGGAAAAUACUGGAAUGUUUCUUAAAAGGUAAGAAGUUCUUCAGUAACGUGGCCCCGCGUGGGGCCUGGGGCCCAGGACCCAUCGCCACCCAUGGCCAGUGAUGCUGUUCAGGGGCAGUGAAAGUUGGCUUUUCCCCUUUUCCUUAACAGAGAAAAAAGUAAUUCCCACACGUCUCACCUGGUAAUAGUGCCAGGGCCUCAGAUUUCUUCUAGUAUUUGCUUCUGAUGAAUGACAGUCUGUAUAUAAAAAAGGAAGGUUGAGUAUUGCUGAUUUUGCAAUGAACGUUUUUGUGUAAAAGAGCUGCUUCAAAGUGUGGUUACGAGUGAAAGACGGCUCCGGGGUCUCCCCAUGGACUGUGCUCUGCUCCCCAAGUUGGUAUGGAGUUUACGUGUUACAUGUGAUUUCAGUUCUGUGAAGCAUUUGGGGUCUGUCCUGGUUAAACUCCGAUAGUUGCCCUGCUGCCCUUGUGUGUGGACCCACUGCCGCCGGAUGGCCCGCCAUUGCUUGUUGGGGUCACCUGGGCAGCGCGACCACCGUCCUCUCUUGUCUGGCUGGCAUCUCGCUGAAGAUGUCUGCUUUUCCUUUGUAUUUGCUCUUCGGGCGCGGGUGGGACGUCUGCUGGCUCUGUUGUGUUUAUUCCCGUUUGUACGUCAUUUGUUGUCCUUUACUACUGUCGACAGUAAAUAGAGUUUGGUAUUCUGUC